CUUCAGCGUCUUUGACGAUGUCGUGCUCGAUAGAUUGAUAGGCGAUGCCUGCUAUUUGAUUUCCCGCGAAAGAGACGCAAUUCCUCGCGCUCGAAACGCCGGGACAAGUGCACAAACUCGAGUGUAACAGACAACUGACUUUGGUGAUUUCCGUUUGAGCUUCAGCCCAACACAAUGGGAAUACACGGACUUGCUAAGCUGAUUGCUGACCAGGCCCCUGGUGCCAUCAAAGAGCAAGACAUCAAGAACUACUUUGGCAGGAAAAUUGCUAUAGAUGCCUCCAUGUGUAUCUACCAGUUCCUGAUUGCUGUGCGACAGGACGGGAAUGUUCUGCAGAAUGAGGAUGGCGAGACGACAAGCCACCUGAUGGGAAUGUUCUACCGGACAAUCCGCAUGCUUGAACACGGCAUCAAACCUGUGUACGUGUUUGACGGCAAGCCCCCACAGCUCAAGUCAGCAGAGCUGGAGAAGAGAGGGGAGAGGAGGGCAGAAGCUGAGAAGCUGCUUGCUCAAGCCCAGGAAAUGGGGGAACAAGAGAAUAUUGACAAAUUCUCCAAGCGUCUGGUAAAAGUCACCAAGCAGCAUAAUGAUGAGUGCAAGAAGCUGCUGACCCUGAUGGGAGUGCCUUACAUUGAGGCUCCAUGUGAGGCGGAGGCCAGCUGUGCUGCUCUGGUUAAAGCAGGGAAGGUCUUUGCCACAGCAACAGAGGACAUGGAUGGACUGACCUUUGGGACAAAUGUCCUGCUCAGACACCUCACCGCCAGUGAAGCAAAGAAACUUCCUAUUCAAGAAUUCCACUUCAGUCGCAUCCUGCAGGACAUCGGCUUGACCAAUGAACAGUUUGUAGACCUGUGCAUUCUGCUGGGCUGUGACUACUGCGCCACCAUCAAGGGGAUUGGCCCCAAGAGAGCCAUCGACCUGAUCAGACAGCACAGCUGCAUUGAGGAGAUCCUAGAAAACAUUGACCCCAGCAAGCACCCUGCUCCAGAGGACUGGCUGUACAAAGAGGCCAGGGGUUUGUUUUUAAAGCCUGAAGUGGUGGAUUGUUCCACAGUGGAGUUGAAGUGGAGUGAGCCGGAUGAGGAGGGACUGAUCCAGUUCAUGUGUAACGAGAAACAGUUCAGCGAGGACAGGAUCCGUAACGGCUGUAAGAAGAUUGUGAAGAGCCGACAGGGCAGCACACAGGGACGACUGGACUCUUUCUUUACUGUCACUGGAUCUCUGUCCUCCAAACGGAAGGAACCCGAGAUUAAAGGAUCAGCAAAAAAGAAGCAAAAGACUGGAGCCACGCCGGGCAAAUUUAGGAAGGGAAAAUAGACUGAACACAGGGCUCCACUGAUUCCUUUGGGAAGUAAUUAUUGUAAUGUAUAACACCUACUAAAUAGAGUAUUAAAAAGAGCAUACAGCUCCAGAUGAGGCAGGAAGAAGAUGCAACACAAUAAGAGGUUGUGUUUAAUGAUUAGUUGAGCAAACAAGUGUGUAUGUACAUGACCAAACAUGAUUUUGUUGAUGUAAAAAAAAAAAAAAAAAAAACAAUUGUUUAAGCCUGUUAUCAAAGUGUGUUUUCUGUUAUUGAAUAAAAGUAAUGUCUUUUUCUAGA